AUGUCGACAAUCUCGGACGAUUUUCAAACAACCGGACAUUUACAUAACGCACAAUUCCUAGAGGCAGUUGGGCUAGCUGGAGGGCUAGGAAAGGUCAAAAAUCUUGCAAUUCAUGAAGACGUUUGGGCAGAAACGAUGGCUAGACAUGGGGAUGAAUGGCGGCAAUAUAAAAGUUAUUCGCCUAUGGCGGUGUAUCAACAAUUGGGGGUGGAGCAUUUGACAAUUGCUGGCAAGCCGGGAUUUUUUCGAGAUGGGGCGGAAUUUGCGACUGAAGUUGAUGAGAGGGAUUGGCUGUGGAACGAUGAUAGUGAGUUAGACGAUGUGCGGGAACAGCCCGAGGAUGACUCCGAGGACGAUUCCGAGGACGAUCUUGAGGAAGAGGUGAGACUUUAUGGGGGUUCUGGACAAGCGAUAUAUCAAACUGCGGGAAACUUUGCGAACAGUCUCACAUCCACCCAGAGGUCGAUAGAUCAGAGGGAAGAGACUCGGUCGUCAAAAGGGCUACGUCCCCAUGGCGAUUCAUCUAUUCUCAUCAGACAGUCCAACGAAAUGAAUAGAGUGACGCAAUUCGACCACCACCAACCUGGAGAAGAGGAGACCGACGAUGACGGAUAUGAUGCUGAUAAUACGGAUUACGGAUCCGGGAACGAUGACCUCGAGAAAGGGGACCUUGAGAACGAGGACUCUGAUUUGAUAUCAGUCAUGUCAGAAACAUCCGAUGAUUCAAUCGACGUAGUGGAUCGCUUCAGUUGCAAUGGACCCAUCGUAGGUGGCGAGGAUCCCAGGUUAUACAAGCCUAGGGCAGUCGAUGGUAAACUUGGAGAUCACCGAAUUCCUAGUGGGGAAAGUGGCUUAGCACUCGUGAACUUCUCGACUGUAAUCGCAGCCGGCAGACACCUUCUUUGGAAGAACUUGUCUAAGACUUUCUAUGACGAGUCUGCCAUCAAAGAGGCUUACCUCGCCAAAUUAGCCAAAGUUAAACAACCGCAUACACAAUACUUUGCUGAAGACAAUGAUCCAACUUCAGAUAAUUAUAUCGAUUAG